UUUCUCCCUCUCGAACGACAACAAACCGCCGUGUUCAGACCACAAGGCCGUUUAGGUUUGAGCUACAUUGGAAAUGGGAGGAUUUUUUUUUUUUUUUAAUAAACGGAGCACAAUGAGCUGCUCUGCAUUGCUUCGACUGUACCCUGGAGACCAUCACAGACUGCUGUGUGUCUACAGUGCCAUCAGUCUACGCCUGCUCAGCUCCAGGCUUCGACAUGGCCGAGGCUUAAGAGAAAGUCUGCGCCUGCUGCAGCUGCCUGAGGAGGAGGUCAGCAGCCAUGCCGUGGUCAAAGAAGCCUACUUACGCAUGGCCAAACUGUACCACCCUGACUCUGGAGCCCCCACUGCUGAUGCUGCUUUAUUCUCCCACAUAGAGGAGGCUUACAGAGUUGUACUAGCCCACCUGGCACAGCAAAGAUCUAUAUCUCAGAACAAUGAGGAAGAGGAGGAAAAGGUUAAAGGUCAUGCACCACAGCACAGACAGUACCUCAGCUACGAAGGUGUGGGCUCUGGAACACCCAGCCAGCGGGAACAACAGUAUCGGCAGUUCCGGAUAAACAGAGCUACAGAUCAGGUGUUGGAGUAUCGCUACAAAAUCAUGGAUAAAGCAGCGGCAGAAGAGGGAGCCAUGGUUUUGAGGGAUACACGUCUGCGAAGCAAGAAGAUCCAGAUAACACAGGCUGUGGAGAGGAUGGUUGAGGAUCUCAUCCAGGAGGCUAUGGCACGCGGUGACUUCCGCAACCUAGGCGGUGCCGGCAAACCACUCAGCAAAUUUGAACACAACCCCUAUGCUGACCCCAUGACCCACAACCUCAACCGCAUCCUCAUUGAUAACGGCUACCAACCUGAUUGGAUAGUGGCCAAGAAGGAGAUUAGAGAGACAGUUCAGAAGAUGCGCAAGAGACUACAGGAAGUCCGGGUCAAACUAGGAAACCCAAUGAAACACUCAGAGCAGAUACAGUGGAAAGAACACUGUGCCACUUUCUCUGACGAACUGACCAAGCUCAACAAGAAAGUGGACGAUUUCAACUUGAUCGUGCCUCUGAUGAGUUGGCAGAUGGUUCACUUUAACAUGAACAGAGAGAUAGAGAAAAUACUGAAAGCUGAUCAACAACAUAGAAAGGAGAAGGAGCUAGAGAAAGAGAGGAAGCUCAUGGAGGAGAGAGAGAACACAGCCACCUCUCAGCAGAACUCUAGGCAAGGACUUAUUAUGUGGAUGCAGAGUCUGCUCAAAUGAAACUAGAUCUGAAUAAUGCUGUAUUUCAAAACGCUGAUGUAGACAGCACUAAAUUGAGGAGAGUACACAAGUCUUUUUUUUUUUUUUUUUUUUACAGUGAUUUACCAUUUAUUAUUAUUUGCGUAUAUAGGCAUUAGAGGAAGUGUUUUAAAAGAGAAAAUAUAUUAAACAUGACUGAGUUCUCAUGCAUCACUGUGACAAAUCACCAUCAUGUAAAUAAAAAUCCUAUUUAAAAUAGUA